UUUACGAACGUUUUCGCGUUCGAGUUUUUUGGUGCUAACUCUCGACCUCUCUCUUUCUAAAACACACACUUUACCUGGUAUGAUUGUAAUUUUUGAACAAAAUAUAUUAUUUUCCAUUGAGUGAUAAAUAGUAAUAGUCUUAUUUUAAAUACUUUGAAAAAUAUGAGUAAUCAAGAAGCAUCACAGGAAAUUAACGCUGUAGCUGAUUCUGAUGGAACUGUUGGGAAUCAAGGGAGUGAAAGUGGUCAGCAACAGGUGCCACCCCCAGCUGCUCCUCAGCACUCCAUCUGGUCUAUCAUUAAGGGUAUUGCAUUAAGAGCUCUCAUUGUUUACUUCAUUACCAGUUUUUUCAGACGUCCCCAGGCGAAUACUAGCACUUCUUCACAGUCAUCUAGCAUGCCUACAAAAACAUCUCAGAAUCUUUUUCCCAAUGGAACUCAUAUAGAUCUGUAUAUAUAUAUUGAUGAGAAUGAGAAGCUCGCGUAUAAAGAAGAAUCUCUUGUGUGGUUCAAGCCAGAUAUUAUUUAUGGUGAUUGGUAUGGAGGCCCAAAUGGUGAUGGUUCUUACGCUAUAGAAACAGAAAUUAAUGCCUCUAAGAAUAUGCAAAGAAAUUGUAGUAUUUGGUUACACACUUGCAUUGUAAAAACAGGCCGAUCUCCAAAUCCCAGGAAUAAAAAGAAGCAUUCGUGGGGUGACGGUGUCUGCAAAAGUAAAAGAAUGAACAGAUAUAAAAAGCUUCGUUAUCGACGUACUCAUAACUUAUUGACUGGGGAAACUUCUGCCAGUGCUGAAGAUAUAAAAAAGGCUGAGGAAACGCCUCUUGAGAUCUUGUCCCAUUGGCAUCCCAAUCUGACCAUUAAUAUCAUUGAUGACCACACAGCAUGGGUACAAGGGCAUGUUCCACCACCUCUAGAUGAAUUUGUUGAAUUUGACCCUAUUUCUGGUGAUUACUAUCCAAUCCUCUAUGUCAAUGAUUAUUGGAACUUACUGAGAGAAUAUACUCCUAUCAAUGAAACUGUAAAUACUUUACCUGUACACCUGACAUUUCAACCUCUGUCACUGUUCCGAUGGCAGUUGUACACUGCUCAGGCCAUGAGAUCCCGAUGGACUUCUUUCCUUGGUCAAGAUCUGAUGGAAGAGAGUGACGACGAUCAAGAUUCGAUGAAGGAAGCUCUAUUGGAGACUUCUCCCUACCUUCUUGGACUCACCUUUGUUGUUUCUAUUGUACACAGCAUCUUUGAGUUCCUUGCUUUUAAAAAUGAUAUUCAGUUUUGGAACAACAGAAAAUCCCUUGAAGGCUUAUCAGUGCGUUCUGUUUUCUUCAAUGUUUUUCAGUCAGUGGUUGUUCUCCUUUAUGUUUUAGAUAAUGAUACUAAUAUGGUUGUGAGAAUAUCUGUGUUUGUUGGACUUCUCAUUGAAAUAUGGAAAAUUCAUAAAGUGUCAAAUAUUGAAAUUAACCGAGAGCAAAAGCUCUUUGGUAUAAUACCUAAAAUAAAAAUUACAGACAAAGGUUCAUAUGUGGAAUCUUCUACGAAACAGUAUGACAUAUUGGCAUUCCGAUAUUUGUCUUGGGCAUUGUUUCCUCUGUUAGGGUGCUAUGCUGUCUACUCACUCCUUUAUCUGGAACAUAAAGGAUGGUAUUCAUGGGUUUUAGGCAUGCUUUAUGGAUUCUUAUUAACUUUUGGUUUCAUAAUGAUGACACCUCAACUUUUCAUCAACUACAAAUUGAAGUCAGUUGCACACCUUCCUUGGCGAAUGCUGUCAUAUAAGUUCCUCAACACUUUUAUUGAUGACAUAUUUGCUUUUGUCAUUAAAAUGCCAACAAUGUACAGAAUCGGUUGUUUCAGAGAUGAUAUAGUUUUCUUCAUUUAUUUGUACCAAAGAUGGAUCUAUCGAGUAGAUCCAAAAAGAAUGAAUGAAUUUGGAACAAGUGGAGAAAUAGAGACGCAACGCUCCGAUGCAAAUGGAACAGUUAGCACUAUAGCUAAACCCAUUGAAGAUAAAAAGAAAGACUAAAUAUAUUGUCUUAAAAGAUUCCGUUUUUAUUAUUAUUUAAAGGGAUGUUGUGAUUAUGAAAAUUGUUUUCAGGAACAAUCUGUGUAAUAUUUCUGUAGCUGUGUACUUUCAAAUGUUCAGUAAAAGCUGUGUUAUAAUAAAAUUCGUCUAUGAGCAUUCUACAACUGUAUAGGUUCUAUGACUAUUUUAAUUUAACUUUAAAAACAUUUCUUCUAAGCCAAAAUUCACAUGUAAAUGUUUGUGAAUUCUUUAAUCUGUAAACAGCGUUGCCACUCCGCAAGGAAAUAAAAAAUCAUCUAAUGUAACAGGUAAAAUGCAAGUAAUUUUGAUUUUUUUUUUUCCUUUCUGAAAAUUACAUGUAAUUUUCCCUGUAUUUUAAUCUUUUUUUUUUUCUGAAAAAAGGUGACCACUUAAAGUGCAAACAAUGGGAUAUUUAAGGAUGAUAUUUCAGCUAUACCAAACUAUUUAAUUUACUAUAGCAUCAUUUAUGUAUAGUAAAUAAAUUCAGCUGUUUUUUUUUUCUUGAAGUUUUUCCAGCAGUUAAAACUAAUAAAUAUAGUUAACCCAAUAUUGCUCACAAAAGAGCACAGCAAUUGUUGUUUCCUCUUAAUAUAUUGUGUAUAAUAUGUACAGGGAAGACACGUGGCAUUUUUUUUCUUUCCAGAUUUGCAUGGCAACCCUGUUAAAAAAGAUUCUUAUAUAUAAAUAGUUUUACUUGUUAACCAUCAAGAAAGAUAAUCUAAAUAAUUUUAAUAAGUAAAUAAACCAUUCAGAUGAUUUAAAAACAAGAAAAUAGUUUAUUUUUCAAUUGCUAUGAUCUACCAAAAUUUAAAGAUUAAUUGAACAAGCCCUCGGGUAUUAUAAAAAAAAGUUAUUACAUUUUAAGAAAAUAUAUUACAUGCAUAUUGUAUUUAGAUGAAAGCAAUGGUGUAUUUGUGAAGGUCAGUCAAACUUGUAUAACUCAAAGUGUAUAGUAUUUCAAUUUUUUGAUAACUAAAAACAAUUUUAAAUUCUUAGUCAAGACUCAAGGAAUAGAAGAAAACUAAUAAUUUUCUAGAGAACUGCACUCUUAAAUUUCUUUCAAUUUUACUAUUGUUAAUGUGAUCCCUUUCAUAAGUUUGAAACCUUUUAAAAAAUUAUGUCAGAAUUUUUUUUUUUUUUUAAUAUUCUUUUCUAUGCCUAAAAGCUCUGGAAAAAAAACAGCAAAUAUUUUUUCAUAAUUCAUUUUCAAAAAUAUUUUGAUAAUACGAAAAAGUUAAAAGAAAAGUUUUAUUUUUAUUCAAGUUUCACAAAAUCUUUGUUUUUAAAGAAUAAUAAUAAACUGAAACAAGACAACAUGAAUUUAAUUUUUUGGGUAGUGCUAUUUUCAAUAACUGUGAAUGUUUUGACUUCUGUCACUGUUUUGAGUUAUUGAAGUUUCCCUUUUUAUUGCAAUUUUUCUAUUGAUUGGUCCUUUAAAUUCUUUCUAGGUGGUUUCUUUUCAGAAUUAUUUAAAAGUAUUUAUACUGACUAGAGAGUUGCCACUCCACACGGAAAAUGCAGGAGAUUUAAAAAUCGCCUAAAAUAAGAGGGAAUUUUGUGUUUUUAUUUUUAGAAACUGGAAAAAUACAGAGAAUUUUGCUUCAUCUAAAAAAAAUGGUAACCAUUCAAAGAGCUACCUAUGGAAUAUUUAAGGAUAUUUCAACUAUAUUAAACUAAUUCAUUUACUAUAGCGUUAUUUGUUUUAAGUUUUUUCAGCAAUUGUUAUAUUUAGCCCUAUACAGCUCAUAGAAGAGCACAGUGAUUGUGAUGUAUGUUGAGUGAAAACACAGGGAAUUGUUUCCAUAUUUGAGUGGCAAUCCUGUACUAUAACACAGCUUUUUCUUUUGAUACUUGUCAAUGUGAAUUCUCAAUGUUGUAAAGUUUCCAUCUGUAUAAAAUAUAGUUAAUAUUGUCAUUUAAAUGUUGAGAAUAAUCGUGAGGUAUUUUGUUCCCAAAUUGAAUUGGUACAUUUGUUAGAUCAAUUUUAUACUUUCAAAUACAUAAUCAUUUUAUUAUGAGCAUAAGAAUUUCUGCAAAAUAGUUUGAGUAGGUAUUACUUUCAUUAAUUGUUACUUACUUUUUUGUCAAAGAUUUUUAUGAAGAAGACCGUUAAAUGUUCAGUUUCUUUUCUUAUUUUAGAAUUUUUUUAUGGUUUAUUAUUAUCUAUUUUUACUGUGAACAGUCUCAUAGUUUGUUUAGAGUUACUUAUAGUUAUAAAUUUUGAUUUCUCUAAAAGCUUGACUUUUUUUACACAUAAUUACUAUUCAUUAACUUAAAUUUUUAUAUAUUUAUUUCUUAGCACUGAGGCAGAAUCAUGUUGAUACGGCGACGUCGCAGAACGUAACUGAGUUCUUGCAAUAAAUUUUUUUUCCCCUGCAGAAAUCUUCAAAAGAUGCCUUUCUCGCUCAUAGGAGAACUGAAAAAAAUUAUUGAGAUUUUUCUAUUCUUAUUUGAGAAUAAAGAAGUAAAAAAUUUGGUUUUCUUUUCUGUAGAAAUUUUUGUUUUAAUUUUUUAUGCAGUUAUUACUGUUGAUUUCCACAUAGUUUUUAAAAUUCGAUAUUUAUUACAACAACUGAAUCUCGAAAUAAAAACACUCAUUUAGUAGCCCUUGUUUGAAGAGUCCAAUUUGCGUGAUUUCUUCGGCGAUGCUUUUUUUUUUUUCGGUAUUCACGAUUUUAAUGUGAUGAUGAUUUACAAAAUGCAAAGAAGGAAAUAAUUAGUGUGUUUUCCCCCUGCAAAAUGCCAGAAUAUCACCCAUAAUAUUAGAAAAAAAAUAUAUUAUAUAUUUAAUUAAAAAAUUAUUUUAUUUGAUCCUUAAAAAAAUUGUUUUUGAAGUUUCUAUUACUUUAAUUUAGUAACAUAUAUUUGUUAUUUUUAAAAGUAUCUCUUACAGAAAUAUAUUAGUAUUAGAAAGGUAUGUCGCAGAAAGUUCAAAAAAAUUCUGCUACAGGGUUGUUUAGUAAAAUGAAACUUCUUGUGUCUAAAUUUUUAAAAAUGUUACAUUUGCAUUGCUGCCAACUUUACUGGAUUUUUCCAGUUUCUCCUAGUCUUUAUUCAUUUUAGAAAAUUCCCUAAAAUUGAGUAAGUUUUCAAAAAAAAUCCCUAUUGAAAUAAAAUUUUUGCGCAGAAUAUUGCUUGCUUGAAUAUUUAAAUAAGUAUUGCUAAUAUAUAAUUAAGCUAGCCUCAUUUAUAAACAUCAGUUUAAAUUUUUUUUUGUGCGAAAAUAUUCAGAACUCCCUUUCUAAAAUAAUUUAAAAAAUCCUAAUUAUGAAUUAAAUGCCUAUUACUAUUCAAAAUUAUGAGUAAACGUAAUUCACAACAUUUCAAGCAUAUUUAAUGCCAAUCAUCAUCGGAAAAUAUUGCAGUUUUUUUAUUUUGAUGUCUAUAAAAAUUCCCUAUAUGUAAAAUAUUUAGUACAUUAUGCAACAACUAUUAUGAAAUUUAUAUCAUUUUGUAAAAUCUACUGGAUUUUUUUCCUGUCUAUGUUGGCAGCUAUGCAUUUGCUAUAUUGACUAAAUCUACUGCCUCAAAAUCAAUAUUUACUUGAAUACGUUUCAUUUUUAAAGGUUCUGUUUGUUUGAUAGUUACCAUUUUGUCUUUAAAAAAAUUUAUUUUUAUUUUAAUAAAUUAUAUUUUGAUUUUAAUAGUAUUUAAAUUUUCUAAUAUAUUUCAUUUGAUUAGUUACAUUAGUUUUUUUAUUAUUAUUAUUAUUUCAUUUAAGUGUAGACUUAUGUUCUUUUUUAAGCAAGAUAAUUUUUUUUUAAUUGCAUUCGUAGUCAAGAUAUAUUUUUAUUCUCUUAAUAGAAAAUAAAAAAAAGAGUUUAUAAAUGAAAAAAUAUACUAUUUUCUUUAUUUAUAAUGCUUAAAAGUGAUUGUUAGUCUUGUAUCUGUAAUUAUUUAUUUGGCUUUAAAAAAAAAAAAAAAAGACCAUAAAAUGGUACACAUUAUACAGUUGUUAGCAAAUGUUUUUUUCUUUCUUAUAAAUGAAUAAAAUGUAUUGCAUCUCUG